AUGCCCCUCAUGGCACUGAUCAACUGCAAGUUCAAAAGAAGAAAUACACCGUCCGCUGCUAAACCUAUUCAAGAAACUGGGAUAAUUGAGCAGCAAGACGAGCAGGGCUUUCUCAAUUUGUAUAAACCUGGACCAUCCCCCUUGACGUAUAAUGAAUGUACCCCCGCUUAUUUGUACGAUAUAAACUUUGUAUUUCCAUUUCAUAUACUCGAGACCGAUCAUGUGAGGUUAGAACCGCUCAUUCCUUCCAAACAUCUCAGAGGCUUCUUGUCCCUUCCCGACGAUUCGUGGGAUGUUCUAGGUGAUUUGGGACCAUAUGACAAGCUUACCGCACUUGAGGAUAUCGAAGAAUUCCGAGAUGACGAAAAUUCCCUUUUGAUGGCGGUGAUUGAUAAACAGGUCGAAGCUGCUAAUCCGGGUCACGAGGGUGCUGGCUUUGCUGGGAUAUCCGGUUUGACAGAGGUGGAUCCUGAGACUAUGAGUGCCGUUUACGGACUUGUCAAUAUUCACCCCACCUAUCAACGUACCCACAUUAACACUCACGCAAUGUAUCUCUCCCUUACCUAUCUAUUCGAUCACCUCGGUCUUCUUAGGGUUCAGUACGACGCCGUCACAUUCGCCGAAGCUAGCAUUCGUGCUGCUAUCCGAUUCGGUUUCAAGGAAGAAGGUAUUUGUCGAAACCUUCAUGGUAUAGUACCGGUACAUAAGAAACGUAAAGGUGAAGAAUGUCGUCAGAGUCAAGAUCUUUGGUUGAGUAGUAUGACUAUUGAAGAUUGGGAUAAAGGAGCGAAAGAGAAUUUAGAAGAGAUGAUGAGACGUCCUGUUGUGGAUACACAACUGCUUAUCGUCAUCCUUGCGAUUCUAUGGUUUAUUCAAGUUUCUCGUGCUCCUCCUCCUCGUUGUGACCAUCCUCAUCAUCAUCAUCACUCUUCUUCAGGACUCUCUAAUCCAUAUCCUCUCUCUCCAUCUCUCACUCCGACUACUUCUCGGGAGGGCAGCACCGAUUCUAAUCUUUCAACAGACAAGAGGAAGGUUAUUUCGACCAUCUUUGACAACCCCGAUAAGUCCUGGACUCAAAGUGUGAAAGUCAAAAAGACUUUUGCAGAUGUUCUUAAACCCAAUUUGACAGGUUCUGCAAUACCUCGACAAAGACCUCCGCAUUUCGAUCAUCUUCCUCCUAAGCCGACUUUCUCCGGAAAGGCAUCUGGGGCUCGAGGACGAAAUGACCUUUCUUGCACACGUUGCAAUCGAUUCUUUGUCAAUGAUGUCGCUGUUAGACAGCACUUCAUUUCGGUACACAACUCCAAUGCUCCUAUAUGUCCUACAUGCUCUCGAUUUUUCCCCGAUGAGCUCGCUUUGGGUCAGCAUCAAGAAGCUGUUCACGCCGAUCCUAGCAAAGGACAACAGUACGAAUGUGAAAACUGUGAUAAGAAGUUUGACAAGCUCGUUCGAUUCCAACAACAUCUUCAAUCCUCCGGUCAUUUGAGAACGCUCAGAUAUUCCACAAGUCCCACGGAAAUACAGUAUACAGGGAAACCCCCUCAACAGAGGGUAUCUCGAGAAAUAUCUCCUGGCUUGAGUAAAAACACCGGAUCCCGCACUCAUUCUUCAGAUUCCGCGAGGGAUGUGUGUCAUUGUGAUGUCUGUCAGACUGGAUUUGGCAGUGAAAUCGAAAUGAAAGAACAUAUGACCAAGACACAUCCAUGGGUAUCGAUUUGUAAGACGUGCGAUGUUGAUCUGAACGAUUUAGCUUCUGCCAAAAGGCAUUAUCUUCAAGUUCACAAACUAUCAAACGUCGAUCCAUCUAGAAUGGCCAUUUUGGUCGAAAAUCUCACUCGACCAGAUCUCUCCGACAGACAUUCUGUUCCUUCUCAACCCUCCACUACACCUCUUUCCGCGCUUGUUCCUCAAGUCUCUUUGCAGAAAGAGACAACUCCCCAACAUGUAUGUAGGAAAUGCCGAGCUUCUUUCAAUUCUUCACAACUAUUGAUCGACCAUCUCUCCAAACCACACAUACAUCAGAAUACUCCUUCUCCCGAAAUUGUGGAUCAGGAUGACGUUAUGGGUGGUAUUGACCUUGGUCAGAGUUUACCCAGUUUCGCUCAUUCAGAGCCUAUUCGGGGCGUUACACAUCGAGGAGAAGUAUCCCUCGCUGAGGGUCUACAAGACUUGUUUGCUUCCAACAGAGGACUAGCGGUCUCUGUCGAUUUGCAACUCACCACUUCAAAGUCUGGGUUAGGUGACGAAUGGGAGGUCUCAACACCCGACGAUGAGGAAAGGGAUAAAGAUCUGGUCAACAUGAAUGAUCAUUCUACUUGGCCUUCUCUCAAGGCUGAGAAAGAGCAGGGUUCUUCUCCUUCUUCCUCCAAUGGUAUACCUUCCGACCAAGAACUCUCGAUAUCUUCAAAAGCACUUCAAGGUUCUUCGGACCGAUCUCAUCUCUUGAGCAGCUUGAGCCGUAGGUUUACAUCCGAAUCAAGUCAAUCUCUUUCUCCCAUUUCCCUAUCGUCUUCGAACUCGCGAUUCACUCCCAAGGAAAAUCCAGACCCAUACCAACAAGACGAACCGACCCUACACCACCCGAUGCCUAUCAUGAGUCCCGGUAGAACUCUCAAGUCACUUGCAAUAUCACAUGAGUACUUGACAUCAUCAUCCAUCGCUUCACUUCCUACUCCUUCUCCACCCAAUCAACUCUCUCCAAACGUAUCAUACUCCGGUCAAAUAGUUUUCCCUACGGAUAAUCCGCAUUACGCCGUAUUCCCUUCUCACCCAAGUAUCCCCGCCCAUCCUAUCGAACAACCCAUCUCACCGAAUCCAUAUGGUUCAAUUGGAGAAUGGACCGGUCGUUGGUCUCAACCUGACAAAUCUCUCAAUCCCACUGCCAAGAUCUUUUCACCUUCUCCUGUUAAUAUGAUGGGUGUUCCACAAUUAUCACCCAGGACGGAAUUACCUAUCCCCCGAAGUAUAUCUACUUACAGUACCAGUUCUGAGAGUGAGUCGACAAGAUCGACCACUUCUGGUGCGGCGAGGAGAAGGGCGAGAAAGACUUGGGCUGAGAGUUUGAGUGAAAAGGCAGAAAAGAAGGAGACAGAGGUUAGAAAAUGGGAUAGACCACUUGAUAAUUGGCAAACUGUGGUCCCUGAACAAAGUCAGAAAUCUCGUGGGGGUAGAGUCAUGGGUCUUGAUGAUGCUCGAAGGAUGGAAGAAAGAGCUAAGAGGAACAAGAUGGAAGAAGAGAGACAAAGCGUUCUCGCUGCAGGUGGAGAGGAUCCUUUUGGUGGAUGGUAGACUGAGCCUGUUGGAUCGAGAGCGUCAUCAUAAGGAGGUCCAAGUAGAUAAUUAACGCAUAGUAGAGUAGCAUUCAGUAGUAUGUUCAUAAAAUGUGGAUCAUCCGAAAGAUGCAUGUUUUUUUUCUGUCUAUAAG